AUGGAAAUUUUCAUUGGUUUGUCCAUCGCGUGGGAGUUGAGAAUGCAGCUUGUGGAAGUCCAGACGGUUUCUCAGGUCCAGCUUCUUUCACUCCCGGAGUCUCAUUCUGUGCGAUACCAAAACAUAGUUUUCUCUUGCCAAAAUCUGAUCAAAAGAGCUUGGAGGGUGGUAAUUACGAAGAUUUAUAGAGAGGCGAAUGAGGUUGCGGACUAUAUGGCGCAUGCAGCUCUUCAUGCUGAUAGGAAGUUGCAGGUGUUGGAUAAUCCGCCGGGUGGUGUGCUGCAACGACUUACAGCAGAUUUGGCUGGAGCAAUCUGGCCUAGAAGGCUGAUGUAA